CCACCUUUUAUGCCAACAGUACGGGAAAUAUUCCUCCUUGGAGGCUUGCUGGUCUUCCUUCUCACCUUCCCAACAACAUACAAAACGCCAGGCGGAUCUUUGUCCGACAGUACCAGGCUUCGGUCGAAUCUGUAUGGCGAGGAGACAGAAGACGUUGCGCCAGUCACGCUGGAAUCGAAGUAUUCCUUGCAAUCACUGAGCGCACCUCUAGUCUGGGGGAUGGGUCAGGUCCCGGAGACUGAUAUAGUGGUACAUGUCCCAGGAUGGACCAUGUUCGACAGACUCUACUUCAGAAACGGCACGUUCUACGUCGUCACAGAGAACAAGGAGGAGAUCCCGGAUCUGGAGCUCAUAAUCUCGAGUGGUAUCUAUCUCACCACUGGGACUGCCGAUGAAGCCAAACGCCUUCCAACCGACAAGGACAUGCGUAUAAUAGAUACAGAUGAGGCCCGGGGGCUGCUUGGCACACAGGCGGAACGUUUGGAUGGUAUUACUUGGGUAGCGAACGACCCCAAGCAAUUUAUCACUCACUACUACCACUGGUCCGCCGAGCUAAUUUUCGGUUUCUGGAGAACUCACUCUUCGCUCGACCCUAACAUUCCGCCAAGCGGCGAGACCGACCUUCCUGCACCACGCCGUAUGCUUAUGACCCGUAUUGACGCGGCUAACUGGCGCGACUAUGCCGCAAUGAACCAAUGGGUUCUGUUUAACGCAUUCCCUUCCAUCACCAUGGAGUUCAUGGACGAUUGGAAUGAGCGCGCUAAUAGCGGCCACACCUACGUCCUUGACCGCUCCAUCUUGGCUGACCGUGCUGCUGCAAUUCACGGUCACAUCUUCCUGCGUACCCAGCGGACGGCCGGAAAUGCAUUCGCCUUGCCAGGGAGCGUCAACUGGUGGCAGCCUGUCCGGAACCACGUCGUCGGCGCCGCAGGUUUGACGGAGGAUGUCCUGCAAAAAUAUGGGGAGCGAACCCCCGUGAUCACAUAUAUCUCUCGCCAAGGGUGGGGUCGCCGUAUGCUGAUUCAGGAGCACCACGAGCGACUCGUGGAGGAGCUGUACAAGCUCAGGGACUUCCAUGGCUACGAGGUCAACGUCGUCAGCAUGGACAAGCUCUCGCGUGCAGAGCAGAUGGUUCUCGCCGGAAGGACAACGAUCAUGAUGGGUGUGCAUGGUAAUGGUUUGACCUCGCUACUGUGGAUGCGACCCACUCCACGGUCGACCGUUAUGGAGUUCUUCUACCCCGGCGGUUUCGCGCACGACUACGAAUACACAACGCGUGCGCUGGGCAUGGUCCACUAUGGCUUCUGGGGGGACAGAGCGUUUACCCGACCCGACGUUCCACCUGUUGCAUACCCCGAGGGCUUCCAGGGAAACGAAAUCCCAAUUGACGGGGAGUUGGUCGCCCGGAUAUGUGUUGAGAGGCUCCAGCUAUCGGAAGAGGCCGACGACUAGGCUUCGUCACAGCUGAACAUAAUCGCUGAGUAGGCUCAUAGGACAUUGUUGUGCAAUUGCUUUCGCAGAUACCCGCAUACAAGUAUAAUUUCAGUGCUGUGCGCGUCACAUAAUGAGUACACCC